AUGGAAAUGGCCCUGCAGGAGAAAGAGACUUUAGUGGGAAACAGGCGUGGAAUUGAGUUUCCAAGUAUAUUGCCUGAUGCCUUAUUAUUUGUUCUGUCAGUUUUUUUCAGGAAGAUCUUCAUCUUACAACUGGUAGGGCUGGUGCUAACCUACAAUUUCACUGAUUGUGACUUUGAGAAGAUUAGAAAGAAGUAUCAGGAAGUCAUUUAUCAAGCCCUGAAUAAAUACAUGAAUGGGGUCAAGACCACCGAAUUCAACAACUACAUCUACUGUGAAGACCCGCCAGAUUGCCUCGCUAAAAUCGACCUCAUUACCUUCUAUCCCACCCACGGCUGCACGACACUGGCCAAGGAAAUCUUUGCGAUAAGAACUAACGCUACGCUCACUCUCCAGUGCCCAGGCUACUCAGGAACGCAGAUAAAUAAUACCCAGGCAAAGAAGAAAAGAAAGAAAAGACAAGUUACAACAAAUAAAUGCCGGGAACAAGUCUCACACUUAAUGGAAUUGUGGCGUCGAUUCAGUCGCAUUUCAUAGAAACAAAAUACACCUUCCUUCAGGCUGUAUUUCACCCCAACAAAAUAAAUCAUCUUUAUUAAGGAGAUGUAAUGUUAACUCUAACUGUGACACUUAAAAGAUCACCAAUAGUUAUUUUUUUAAUUACAGAAGGGUUUCUUGUUUUUGUAAGCUUUUAUUGUGUGAUGUGGUUUUAUAAUGCAGGGGAAACACUACCCCUCAAAUGUAGGGGGAAACUGCCAUAGCAGUGAUGCCUGGGCCACUGGCCCUGUGCGGUAAUUCUCUGCUGGAACUACAUAAGCCUUACUUCAAGGGGAGAAUCUAAACAUGCAGCAGAAGGAAAAAGAGAAGGCUGAGAAAGGAAAAGGUUGAACUCAAGAGCAUGUAAACCUCUGUUUAAAAGGCAGAUGUUUCGUCUAUGUAUACUGAUACUUACUGUGUUCUCAUGCUAAAAAUGUACAAAAGAAUAUAAAAGCAAAACGUGUGCACAAAAAGUUGUACACAUAAUGAAGCAAUCUGAAAGAAUGUCCAAGUAAAAUAUUGUGCAAGUAUUAUACAUCAAGUUUUAAAAAUUAUCUGACAAGAGUGAUGUAUAUGCAACCAGGUCCUGAAUUGCCUUUAUUAAAGCUAAAAUAUAUAUAUUUUUAAAUUUAUGGAAUAUAUUUUUUAUUUAUUUGUAAGCACUUUUUAAAA